UGGACACAAAAUCGAUUUAAUAUAGUUGUGAAUGAAUAAUAAAGAAGUGUAUAAUUUUGAUAUGAAUAACUCAAAAGAGUUGACUUCUACUUUUCGAAACUAUCACUUGAGAACACGAAUAGGAAGGCAGUACGAAUUAUGGAAACUGCUGAAAAACAAAGAAAUCAUGAGUGUGAGAGUAAAUAUGUGCACCUCGAUGGAGGAUGGGGAUACAUUAUCGCUACAUCAUUCGUUGUAUUCAUGAAAUUGGCUCUGGACUGAUGUUUGCAUCAUCUUUAACGAUUCUGAACGAUUAUUUCGACAAGAAGCACAGCUUCAUAAUGGGAAUAUCUCAGACUUUCAUAACAAUGUCAGCAAUAGUAUGUACAUUGAUAUUAUCUAAUGCCAUGGAGCAUAUGGGAUUCAAAAACGUAUUAUGGUUGCUCGCCGGAAUCUCUGUUCUUAAUUUUCCUGCUAUGGCUGCGUUCAUCCCUGUCAAGAAGUGCAAUGAACAGAAUUCAGCUGAAACAUCCGAGAAGCAAGUAACGCAGACUACAUCAGUACCAGAAUAUAACGCAAAAUCACAAUCUGAGCCGUUACUACAGAUCGAAGGCAAAGUAGAAAACAAACAAGAAAUUGUAAAGCAACGAGAGGAGAACAAGAUUUCCUUAUCCACUAUGAAAACUUGGCUACUAGAUACUCUCGGCCUGAGGUUAUAUGGAGAAGUCAGAUAUCUAAUUAUGGCUUUCGGUUUGGCAUUAUCUUUCAAUUCUGAUUACAACUUCACGGUCAUUAUCAGGUUGCUAUUGAAUAAGUUAAAUUACAAUUCAUCUGAAAUAGCUAAGAUGAUCAUGGUUUAUUUCAUUUUCGACCUGAUCUCCCGAAUGCUUUAUUCAAUCUAUAGUUAUUUUUAUACUAUCAAUAACAGACUAACAUUCCUGUGGACCACCUUCAUCAUUGCAGUAUGUCGGAUUGUUUUUACUCUUUGUGAAGAUUAUGUAUGGAAAAUGAUAGUACUGGGACUAGUAGGAUUAACAAGGGGUAUCAUGGAGACAUCUCUUCCCUUAGUGAUUUCCGAAAUGUACAAAGAUAAUUUUGCCACAGCUUUUUCUUUGUACAUGGUUCUGGGUGGAUGUGUUGGGUUGACAUUGGGUUCAAUGACUGGUUACGUGAAAGAACUAACUGGAAGUGAUUCAAUCAUUGUAUAUUUUUAUGCAUCUGCCAAUUUCAUUACUUGCUUAGCGUGGAUUUGCGAAACUAUUUUCCUGAGGCUAUGUCGAAGGAAACAUCAGGAUGAACCAAGUUCACUAUGAAGUCGAAGAAGAAUUUUUCCAUUUUAUUCAUCAGCAUUGCAUUGAAAUGCAAUGAAUGAAGACUACUUUUUUAUUCUUAUUGUAUAUAUUGUUUCGUAUUUAUAAAGAGGAAUAUACAAUAUCCAGUGUCAUAAAAAAAUUUGGUUUAUUUUCACUCUCGUAUUCUGAUAAAAAGGAGCUAGAAUUCACUUACAGUGGCUCACUAGAUGUGAAGAUAUGUAUUCUAAUAAUUAUUAAAUCUAAUAAACUGACACUGAUAUGGUUUUUGAGCAUUGUUAGUGUUGUAGUGAGAUAUUGUCAUUAUUUAUGUUGAAAAACUGAAGAAUUAUUCGGUUGUCGUGUACUACAUU